UACCGGGGCAGCUACGCGCGCUUUCUGGCCACGCUGGGGAUGGUGGAGGGGGGAAGUGUGCUGCUUACGAGGGCAGGUGUGAGAACUGGACUUUUUCGGGGGUCUGCUGUGGCGUCGAGUCCACAACUGUGGACCCUCUCCGCUGCCGGGGGAACUCGACUCCCCGUCAGGCCUGGAGUCUCCGGCGGGCUAGUGCGCUUUGUGCAACGGGGAGGACUCCUCCCUGUGGUUUUACCCGCUAAACUUGAUGCCUUUGUUGGAGGAAACUACUGCGAUCGACUCCUUUUCAGUGUCUGUUCGCUACUUAAAACGAGGUAAACCAAGAUUUCAUUUUCAAGAUGGAAAGUCCAUCAGACUCAGCUGUGAUUUUACCUAGGACUCCGGAGGCCUGUGCAAAUCCACCAUCUCUUCAUACAAAUAGUUCAGGAAAACAACCCAUGAGUGCAACACUUAGAGAAAGAUUAAGGAAAACAAGAUCUUCAUUUAGUUCCUGUUACAAUGUGGUAAAACGUCUUAAAGUAGAGGAUGAAGAAAAUGACCAGGCCUGUUCAGAGAAACCAGCAUCUUCCACAGAAGAAAACUGUUUGGAAUGUCAAGAAAGUUUUAAACACAUGGACAGUGAAUUUGAAGAAAGUACAUAUGUGAAAAACACCUUCAAGAAUGUCAAUGUAUGUGAAUCUAAAUCACUUGAUAGGUUGUGCAGUGCUUUCCAAGAUGAGCUUGUGAGUGAGAAUCUUCCUAAACAAGGAUUAAAUGAAGAAAAAGCAAAAUUGGUGAAGGAGAUUCAGGAGAAAGAAGACUUUCUUCGGAGGCUAAAACUAGUCAAAAUGUAUAGAUCAAAGAAUGACCUAUUUCAGUUACAGUUGUUAAUAAAGAAGUGGAGAAGCUGUAGCCAGCUAUUGCUUCAUGAGUUGCAAUCAGCUCUGUCUGAAGAGAACAAGAAACUAAGCCUUACUCAAUUGAUAGACCACUAUGGGUUAGAUGAUAAAUUGCUACAUUAUAACAGAAGUGAAGAAGAAUUUAUAGGUGUUUAAUAGUUUUUUUUCUUUAAAAUAUCUUUGAGAAUGACAAUUAAAAGACACUUCUACAUUUUAAAGGGAAGGCAUAAAACCAUUAUGGCUUAGAGGAUGGUAUCCUGCCAAACAUCAGUUUAGGGCACUUUAAUACAUAAAUAUAAACUCUUAAGUUCUGAGUGAAAAGUUAGUAUUUUGUAUAGAUUUGCCAAAGAAAACUUGCCAUUUAAAGUAAUGUGAAAAAAAAAUCAUGUUUAAAAUAUAAUUUGGGUAAUUCUGGAAACCAGUUUUAAUACAUUGUUUUUUAUGGCAAAAAGUUUUGUUUUAAAUGUUAAAAAAUUGUCCAGUUGGGUAGAUGUCUGAACUUAAACUGGUCUAAAAUGCCUGCCUCUGCUAAGUUUAUGAAGCUCUUUUCUAUUUACCACAUAUUUCCCUCUGAUGAUCCAGCAAGUAAUUAAACUCAUGUCCAAAAUUGCA